CGGAAGCGGAAGUCAGGUUCGCUUUCCCUCAGCCGACGGGAAGCGGCUUGUGUGAGGGCUGAAGGGACCCGGGAACGCCUUCGGAGCCUCCGCGAGACCGGCCACGGCGACGGCGGGGAGGAGCAGGCCUCUGCGGGGCCUCAUGACUCAGGAUGACAGUGAAGCUGGGCGAUAGCAGCAGCACCAGCACCACCGAGGAAGGGUCGAGGAAGCCAGGCAAGCGAGCGGGCGAAGAGGGGUCCCUGGAAGAAGAGGAGGAAGGGGACGAAGGGGCCGGACAGGCGGCAGGAGGAGAGGCAGCCCCCAACAGCGACACAAAGGCCGCCGCCGACGAUGAAGAUGCCCCCUUCCCCAGCCACACCAAUGGGGAGUCCUCCUUGGCCGCGGCUGCUUUGCUUCCAGCGCCGUCCUCGGCUCAGCCGACCCAGGACCAGCAUCACUUUCUCAGGUCCAGCGUCAGGCCUCAGAGCAAGAGGUUCAGGAAGGAUUCCCAGGCGCCCUGUGCCCUUGCGGGAGGAGUGGGAGGCCACAGUGCCAGCGGCAUCAACAACAACAGCACGGCUGUAACAAGAGGAAAAGGUGGAGAUAACAGCGGGGCCUCAUCCGGCAACCCUUCGGGAAUCCUCCCCGGCACGCCCGCUAGCAGCUCGAAAUCGGCCGCGAGGAACCUAAGCUCCUCGGCUGGAGAAAAAGAAGAAGGCAAGAAGGUCCGGCGUCAGUGGGAAUCCUGGAGUACGGAAGAUAAGAAUACCUUCUUUGAGGGUCUCUAUGAGCAUGGAAAAGACUUUGAAGCCAUCCAGAAUAACAUCGCCCUGAAAUAUAAGAAGAAGAGCAAGCCCGCAAGCAUGGUGAAAAACAAGGAGCAGGUUCGCCAUUUCUACUAUCGCACCUGGCACAAAAUUUCCAAAUACAUUGACUUUGAUAAUGUCUUUUCUCAAGGGCUGAAAAAAUCAUCCCUGGAGCUUUAUGGCUUAAUUUGUUAUGGAGAGCUAAGGAAGAAAAUUGGGGGCUGUAUGGAUGACAAAAAUGCAGCUAAACUCAAUGAGCUUAUCCAAGUUGGAGCAACAACCGUCCGCUACAAAGGGAGGAAUCUUCGCAUCAAAGCCCCGAUGUGCAGGGCUCUGAAGAAGCUCUGUGAUCCAGACGGGAUUAGCGAUGAGGAGGAUCAGAAGCCGGUGCGUCUCCCCCUGAAAGUCCCCGUGGAGCUGCAGCCACGGAACAACCACGCGUGGGCCCGUGUGCAGAGCCUGGCCCAGAACCCACGUCUCAGGAUGAUUGUGGAGCUGCACCGGAAAGUAUCCAGCCUCAUUGAAUUCCUGAAGCAGAAAUGGGCUCUUCACGAAGUCCGCAUUCGUAAAACCCUUGCGGAAAGGCAGCUCCAAGACUCCAAGAGUUGUGAAGCGAGUGACAGCUACUCAGAAGAGAAGGUGGUUCUCCAUCUCUUUCCGGGGGAGACUUGCAUGCUGACUCCGCUCCCGGGGGUGGCCAGGGUCGUCCACUCCAAAGCCUUCUGCACGGUGCACUGGCAGGAAUCCGGCCGCUAUAAGCAGAAUGCCAAGGACUCGCACCUGCUGCCGCCCGCCCAGAUUCUGGGCAUCCAGAGCGGUCAAGGGACGGCCAGGGGGCAUGUCAAAUACCUGCGGGGAACGGACGCUAAGGGCGGGACCCGAACGGAGAGUGCUACAGACGCAAGUCGAAACACUCCGUCCGCCUCGGACACUCAUGCGAAUGCUGAAGACGGCUCCCUGGAGGCUGGCCUUCUGGAACGAGCGUCGCCAAGUAUCAGUGUUGCAAACAGUUUUGGUAAUAAGUCGCCUUCCGCACUCCAGGACCCCGGCCCGAGUCUUGAGAAGCCCGUUGCCCCGGUCGCUUGUGCUGAAGGUGGGGAGGGGCCGGCCGCUUUCCCCUCGGAUGGCACGAACUGUGACUGUGGCAGCCUCCCCCCCGACCUGGAAGAGCUGUCCCUCCUUGACCCCUUCCCCCGGUACAUGAAAUCUUGCCAGGACCUCAUUGUCCCGGAGAAGUGUCUUUGCACGGACAGAGCCAAUGGGAAAGACGUGGCCUUGCCAAGGACCGGUCCUCCUGGGAAGCUUCCGCCUGGCCUCUCGGAGGCUGGCAGCCUUAGUCCCACCCAGGCGGCAAGAGGCGGCCUCUCCGUAUCUGAAACUCAGGCCUCGCACUGCUGUGGACCGCACGCAGAGACGGGUGCUAAAGAGCUGCCGGAUUCCGUCACGGAGGAAUCACAGGAGAAGCCGCCUCCGCCAUCAUCAUCUCAGGGACAUCUGGUCAGCAAGACCCUCAAGGAUGACCCUAGCCGCCUGGCCCAGCAGGUCAGAGAAGAGGGCUGGAGCUUACGGACCUCGGAGAGCCUUACCUUGGCUGAAGUCUACCUCAUGAUGGGCAAGCCCAACAAGCUGCAGCUGGAGUACGACUGGCUGGUUGCCCUUGGGACGGACACCCCGGAGCCCGUCUCCACGUCUGUCCAGCCUCCGGCCACGGGUCACAAACAGAAGCUCCUCAGCUGCCUCAUCAAACUCAUCUCCACUGAAGUUAAUCCCAAACCCACUGCGGACGUGAGCUCCGUGGCCACCUCCCCCCUCAAACCCACUCAGGAAGAGCACGCUCUGAGCCCUCCUGGGAAGGUGGUCUCCGUCAGCACCAGGAGCCCCGGCUGCGCCCGCAACCAGCCCGCCCUUCACAAGAAGACCCUCUCCCCCAGCGCCCCGUCCAGCUCCUCAGGUUUGAGAAAUUCCUCCAGGCCGCUCUUGUUGGCUGAUCCUCCCAAUUCGGAAAGUGCCGAUGCCGAUCGGAGCCUCUUUGCUGUCCCAACCACUCUCCCGCCCAACAGCCGGCACGGGAAGCUUUUCUUGCAAAGCAAAGAAGCCGAGCUCUCUUUCCGACAGCGCCUGGACACCAUCAGUAUGCAGUCUGACUUCUUCUUGCCAAAACCAAGGAAAUUGCGAAGCAGACAUCUACGGAAGCCACUGGUCGUGCAGAGAACUCUGCUUCCGAGGCCAUCAGGAAAUCCCUCGCAGCACGUCUGUUCCUUCUCCAUCUUAUCCAACUCUUCUGUCACAGGCAGAGGAUCUUUUCGGCCGAUCCAGUCUUCUCUUUCAAAGGUUGCCGUGUCUCGUCCCAUUGUUCCCAAGAUUUUCCCGGCUCAAGCCUCCAACCACCUGUCUAGUGCUAUUGACUUAGCCGCCAAAAGUGCUGGAAUUAUCCCCGGCAGCCCUUUGCCUGUCCUCGGUGCUGAAGGCUUGCCCGGCGUUUCCCCGCUGUCGCCGGGUUCAGUCACUGCAAUGGUCGCCGGACAAGAGGCAGCAACGGCGGCACAUCAUCAGAACGGAAGUCCCAUCACAAACACAGCGGGUUCGAGUAGUGAAUGCCGGGUGCCCUUCCUCGGCCUAACCCCGCCACCUGAGCAGGAGGCAAUCACUGAUGGCUUUCAGGGAACGCCGGGUCUUUCUCUUCCCGAGCUGCCCAAAGCCUCUGCCCCCAACGGCCUGCCCGCUCCACCUCUUCCCCCGGAAGGGUCCGGCGCCUGCCUUUCCCCUCCCAAUGUCUCUGCGCUGCUGGACAUCUCCCUUCCCGGCCCGCCCGAAGACGUUCUAUCCCAAGGGGAGCCUGCUUCUCAGAUCAGUGACUCUAUCAUUGAAAUAGCCAUCAGCUCUGGUCAGUACGGCGAAAGCGUGUCUCUGUCCCCGGCCAAGCUGAACGGCAGCGACAGCUCGAAAAGUCUUCCGUCCCCGUCUUGCAGCCCCCAGCAGAACUGGAUCGCCUCCCCCAGCCACGACCCCCAGUGGUAUCCCAACGAUUCCACAGACUCCUCCCUGAGCAGCUUAUUUUCAAGCUUUCUUUCCCCAGAGAAGGGGAGAAAAACACUCCCGACCUCGAACGGUAACACCAGUAGCACCACUUUAUUGGGACCCAGUCUGCUGGAUGGAAACUCGCGGGAUUCCUUUGCGUCUCGCUCCCUCGCAGAUGUAGCUGAGGUGGUGGAUUCCCAGCUGGCGUGCAUGAUGAACGAGAACAGCAUUGAUUACAUUUCCCGUUUCAACGACCUGGCCCAGGAGCUGUCCAUACCGGAGCCGGCCCGCCGAGAGGUCCUCUUUGACGGAGGAGGAGGCGGCGGCGGGAGCGGGAGCCUCUCUCACGCUCAGUGAGCAUGGAUCCAUCUCUGACCAGCUGGCUGGUAGAAGACCUUUGGACCGUCCCACAACACAGAGAGGAGUGACGUUACGGCUAUGCAGUGAGACUUCGUUGUGGUUCUGGCUUGCGUUUGAUGCCUCGGAGGAAGGCCAGGGUUUGCCUUCCACAGGAUGCGAGGAACGGCGUGAGUGGAGCGUGGGAAAGGCCAGUGACGACAACGUUGAUCGGACCCUGUCAAUGCCUGGGCAGGAAACCCCACAAGCGACGUGGUUAUACCGUCAGCCAAAAUCCUUGUGAUGAUAACAUACAUUUUGAACUGGAAAAGGAGUGUCGUGAUAUUCUCUGGAUUAUUUUUUAAUGCUACCGGUAGGUUCCCGGUCUCAGAGUUGCCAUGGCUGACAACGCGGUUCCCAAAUGCGUCCUUCUCUGAUUUUAUUUGUUUCCGCUUUUGCAUCACAUUCAGCGACAUUCCAGGAACAGGAAAAGCAGGAACAGGAUCAGAUAUAUACCCUCACCUCGGCCAGAAUACAUCGGUAUGCUUUAUUUACGCUUUAUUUACGCUGAUGCUUUUCCAGAAAGCCGUCCUCGCUUCAUGAGUUGCCUUGCGGGCUCCGUUUUUCCUUUUAAGGGCUAGAAACCCUGUUGAAAGAAGCUCUUACUCUACUCCCAGUUGGACAUUUUACGUUCCCUCUUCCUUCCCCUUGCGUUUUAUUUACGCAUCCUCCUGAGAAUAAAAACGACAGUGGGAACGUAAAGGCCAGAAUGAAUAUGCAAAUGCAAUAAAGUGGGGAAGAGAAUGGAA